AAAAAUAGGAAUGGUAAAGUUCUGUUUUGGAAAUUUCAGAAAGCGAUUAAGCUAAAGCUAAGGUACUUAUGUAAGUUUUUUCUUCGGAUUCUAAAAAUUUGGCUACUAUAGAUUAAGAUUAUGCUGUUACUUUGUUUACUAUAGAUUAUAAAUCAUUUGAUCCUAACAAUCCUAAGGAAUGGUAAUUUGUAGGAAAACAUAGAGUACAUCACGCAGAAAUAAAAUCAAUAGCAUUUGGUGAAUCAAAAGAUGAAAAUGGAAAUAAAUAUUAUAAAUUAUUUAGUAUAGGAGCUGAUAUGAAACUAGUUGAAUAUGAAGUUAUUGAAAUAGAUGUAACUAAAUAAAAAGAAACAAAUAUUAAAUUUGUAGAUAGAUUAAAAUUGAAGGCUGUUUAUCCUAUUGAAUAAGAAUGUAUACCAACAGCAUGUAUUUGUUUGUAAAAAACAUGUCUUGGACCUACUUCUGGUGGUGCUAUUAAUAAGCUUUUAAUUUUAAAUCCAAACGAUGCAUAAAAUGAUUAUUAAGAUAAAUAUUUAGCCUAUUCAACUAAAGAAAAAGUUGUCGGAAUUAUAAAACUACCAUUAGAAGGAAAUCCAAAUUAAACAAUGGGUUUAAUAGCACAUCCUGGUAAAAUUACUAGUAUAAGUAGUACUAAUGACGGUAAAUAUUUUUUUACUUCUGGUUAAGAUGAUUAUUGUAUAAAUAUAUGGAAGGUUAAUGUUUAAGCUUUAGAGUAAAUAUUUGCAACAAACGCUUAAGAAGAUCCAUUCCCAAAAUUAUUAGAAGGAGGUGAAGAUGGUCCUACGCAUUAAAAUCUAAAAAACUUUUUUUAUUAUUCAUAAAUAAGAAGUAAAGACGAACAUACAACAAAGGCAAGAAAAUUAGAUGACAAAGUACCAUUAUUUGCUAUUUCUGAUAUGAUGAGAAGUAUGGGAUAUUAUCCUACAAAUAAAGAAAUCGAAAAUAUGAAAAAUGAAAUCAAAUUUUCAAAAUAUUUAGAAACAGGUAUUGAAGUUGAUGAACUUGAUUUAAAUAUAUUGUUUAUUAAUCAUAGACCUGCUUAUGGAAUUGGAAAAUCCUAAAUAGAAGAAGCUUUUAAAGAAAUUACUUAAGAAAAUGCUGGAAAAGGUGAAAUUAAUAUUUAAGAGUUAAAGAAAAUUCUUACUACAGAAGGCGAAAAAAUGACUCCAGAAGAAUUUGAUGAAUGUAUUAAAAUACUUGUCGGUGAAUUAGAAGAAGAUACUCCUUAAUUAAUUAAUGCUUAAACAUUCUGUGAAGAUAUAUUAGGAUUUGAAGAUCUUGAAGGCGGUUAAAAAGACGAAAAUGAAGAGGCUUAAUAUGAAGACGAAGAAAACGAAGAAAUUGAUGAAGAUAAUUGA